UUGUGGGUUGUGUAAGAGAACAAGUUGAAGUCAUCACAAAAAGAUAAAGUUCGGCAGUUUAUGAUCUUCACGCAAUCUAGUGAAAAAACAGCAGUGAAUUGUCUAUCCCAGAAUGAUUGGAAGCUAGAUGUUGCAACAGAUAAUUUUUUUCAAAAUCCUGAACUGUAUAUACGAGAAAAUGUUAAGGGAUCAUUGGACCGAAAGAAAUUAGAGCAACUAUAUAACAGAUAUAAAGAUCCUCAAGAUGAGAAUAAAAUUGGUAUAGAUGGCAUACAGCAGUUUUGUGAUGACUUGGCACUAGACCCUGCUAGUAUUAGUGUCUUGAUAAUUGCCUGGAAGUUCAGAGCUGCGACGCAGUGCGAAUUCUUAAGGGUGGAAUUCAUGGAUGGGAUGACAGAACUUGGAUGUGACAGCAUAGAAAAACUAAAGGCACAGCUUCCUAAAAUGGAACAAGAAUUAAAAGAGCCAGGAAGAUUUAAGGAUUUUUACCAGUUUACUUUCAACUUUGCAAAGAAUCCAGGACAGAAAGGUUUAGAUUUAGAAAUGGCCAUUGCCUACUGGAACUUAGUGCUUCACGGAAGGUUUAAAUUCCUAGACUUGUGGAACAGAUUUUUAUUGGAACAUCAUAAAAGAUCUAUACCGAAGGAUACUUGGAACCUUCUUCUAGACUUCAGUGCAAUGAUAGCAGAUGAUAUGUCAAAUUAUGAUGAGGAAGGAGCAUGGCCUGUACUUAUCGAUGACUUUGUGGAAUUUGCACGACCUCAGAUUGCUGGAGUAAAAAGUACGACAGUGUAGUGCUAAAUGAACUUUCUAAAAUGUACCUAGUCUGUACAAAUAAACAUAAUGGGGAAAAAUUGCAGUCACUUUCUGCCAAUUGACUGGACUGGACUGAAGACCAAUCCUCAAGAGAUAAAAGCUGAGGGUUGCAGCAAACCUGUAAGGAUAUACCUUGGACCAUAUCUGACUACGGUGGCUUGGGCUUCUCUCCUAGCCUGGCUGCCCUAACCCCUUUGGAAACUCCAGCAUUGUGGAUAUCAUCUUCCCCCCCCCCUUUUUUUAAUGGAGCCUCCUAAUUCUUUCCAUAGAUCUUACAUGUUUUUGGAUGACUGUUUUGACAUUUCUGGUUCCACCUAAAGUAUAUUCUGUUUUCACCAAGCAAACUCUUUGGUAUUACUGUUUCACAGUUCAAUAUCACAAUCCGCUUGUCUUAUUUUUGAAAACAGAAAAAAAGUAUCUUCAGCUAACAUAUUUUGGGGAUAUCUGCAAAGACUGCUGAGACUAUCCUAAAACAGUGUGUUUGGAUCCAUUUUUCGAAUGGCCAAUUUACAGCUAUUGUCAGUGUGAGUGGCAAGGACUCGUUGUUUGGUUGUGUGGUUGAAAGCAGAUGUCGAAAUAUCCCAGCAAAGGCCUGGAUUUUUGUCCCUCUCUGGAACAGGCUUGCCAGCUGUAUUGGUGCUGGAGUCAGUGCUAUUGAAACAUAGGUCAGUUAUUGACUCUGCAGUAUCCUUAAUGUCAGAAAUAUUGGGUGCCUAAUGUUGACAGAGGAAGCUUCCAUUAGCAUCCCGCUUCUGCUUAUGGGUGGUUUUUCUUGCCGACUAGCACACCAGCCUUGGCCACCUUGUUUCUGCACAAUACUGUGUGUGCAGCAUCAGAGGGAAGAAGGCUGGAGUGCCUGCAUUCAUCUGGCCUAGUGACCGCCGGUAGCUUCCCUGGUAACUUAAUUGGGUAGCACUGUCUUUCGGGCAGGUACGGGCAGCAGCUUCUGAGAACUGGCCAAUUUCCUCAAAGUGAGAGAACCCAUCCACAUAACUGCUAUUCUGUCUCUCUCUUUUUUUUUUAUUCAGACUGGUUUAAGUUAGAGAAAGCGCAUUACCAAGCAUUGCUGUUCCUAAGUUUCAAUAGGCUAGGGUUUGCACAGUAAGGACCAGUGGGUAUUCUAAUGUGGGAAUAACGAAUUACUCACAAUUGCUGUUAGAAUUACCCAGUAAAAUAUUAUUAGUCUUGAAAUGCUCAUCUGGUCAAGGCCCUCUCUCCCUCCCCCAACCACUAAGUUCUACUGAAUUGUUAAGAUUUGAAUGCAAUACUGAACUUGUAAUACUUGUUACGUCUUACAGAAUUCUUGAUUAGGGCCAAGGAAGGUUUUCGGUUGGGUUUUUUAAAUAACAAUAAAUGUAAUGCAUAUUUAUGUGAGGCUGGCAUAAGCUAAAACACUUGAAUAUUAAUGGAACUGCCAUGAGUGAUCCUUCACCUGUGAUGGUGACUUUUUUCUUAUUUUACAACUGCAGUUCACUUGUUGUCAAGCAGAGACAUCAGCACCCAGAACAAACAUUUUCUGUGGGCCUAUGUAACCUUCCCCAGCCUGAUGCCUGCAGAUAUUUAGAAUUUCAAAUUUGACAGUGGGAGUAGGUGGUUUGCAUGUCUGCAGGCCUCCAGACUAGGGAAGGGUGUUUGAUAGCAGUUGCAUGAACAGGAGACCCUGCACCUAUACUCGCAUUGACCACACCGGGCUCCGUGUGUGGAAUAACUAUUAACCAACUGGAGUUCCUGCUUAAGUGAAGCCCUGUAGAUCAUCUGUAUUUUCCAUGCAAGUCCAAAUUGUAUCAAACAUGAUCCAGCCAAAUUGGUUCAGCACUUUUAAUGGAAGAGGCAUAGCUUUUUUACUUGAUUCUGCCAUUGUAUGCAGUGGAGAGUGACUUUGUGCUUUGCUAUGGCUGGAUCAUAACUGAGGCUAAUGCAAGUGUAACAUUUCUAGUGAUAAAGAAUCAAGAUGGUCCAUAUGGGUGCCAGCAAGUGGGGGGGCAGGUGACAAUGUGUGUGAUGAUGUAAUCAUGCCAGUGCAGCAACUUGCACCAGACGAGCAAAUAAUUGUGGCAUUGGCAUAAUAACAUCAUGACACACAUACAAUUUAGCCAUCGUGGCAGUUUGCUGCAGAUGCCACUGAGUGCCCCAUAGGCUUAUGUGAUCCUUUCCCACCUGUAUAAAUUUCCCUUCCCUUCCCUUCUCCAGCAUAAGGCAUAUUUAGCUUUGAAUUUCACUGAAGAUCAAUGCCAACAAAUGGUUAGUUUAAACCAGAAUAUGAACCUUAGGUAAGGAGCUAGUUUGCAGAUUGUAAUGACUGUAAAGUUAACAGUUUUGAAACAGUUGUGCUGAAAUUGAAAGGGAAAGAAUUUACACAGGUGAGAGAGGUAGGAGAUCCAGCAUUUCGAAGUUUUUCAAUCAUGAUGAGAGAUUGAAAAUCCUACAUCCAGUGGUCCCAUUGUUUGGUUUGCCACUUUUUCUGUCCAACCCACAGACUUUUUUUUCUUCUUUACUUGAUGCUUGUGGUUUUAUUCCUUGUGUUUUUAUGUGACAGCAGCACUUGAAAUACCUCCUGGCUUUUAAUCAGUUAACACCAUGAGCAAUAUUUUGCUCUUUUCUUUAAAUAAUCAUUUGAUAGAGAAAACAGUAUCAGAAACUUUGCAUUCAAGGUAUUUAAAACUCCUUUGUAAUAUUUUAGAAUGAGAAGUGCAAGUUUGAAAUAGUUCAUGUUUUCUUGCUAACAUCUCAUAUAUCCAUGACAUUAAAAUGCACUUUUAUGCACAUGUUAAAAUAAUAUGAGGAAAAAUGUUGAGCAUUGCUUAAUUUUUUAAAAACUAUUGUCAGGAUCCUGCCACCCCUUCAGUGCCCUUUUGGAAGUUUAAAGAAACCAUUGGAUAAAUUUGGAAAUCUUCUAGCUGCUGGAAUUGGCAAAGUCAAGUAUAUUAUUUACGCUUUCAUUGUUUCUUCUCUUGUGUAAAUAUCAGCGAAGACUUGAAUUAUGAAAACUCUACAAAGUGUGCGUGUGCUGUUUUCUGUCUUAAAAUUUGGGUACAGCUUUCUCAGAAUGAGUCAUUGAUGUAUGCUGUGUACAUUUUGUGUUUUAGUGUUUUUUUUUUUUUAAAUUUUAAUGAGAUGUACUGAAUUCUAUCCCUGUGCUGAAGAUUAGGGCAUAAAUGCCAUGCUGUUCUUGUUUUUUAAGAUUAUUCCUUUUGCAAUGUUGAGGCCUUUUCAACAAAAUGGAAUUUGCCAUCAGUUUGGUACUACACAAUUUAUAAUUACUGUGUAAUUAUAAAACUGCAUUACAUAAAGCAUUGCUGUCUUAAGUAGCAGAGAAACUAAGGUUAUUUGUGUGAUAGCAUAUUUGAAUUUUAAGAAGUGGUUUAAAUCCAGAGGCAAAAAUUGGUAACCUGCUUUUCAGUGGGAUGUGUGCUGUCAAAGUGGUGCUAGGGUUCGACUGUGUUUAGUGGCAGAAUAUUUGGCUUAAUGAUUUGUUUCUGAAUGUAAAUGCCUGGCUCUAGCCAAGACUAAAAAUGUUCAGACAUAUCCCCUAUGUAUGUGUGCAUGAUUUUUUUUUAAAGUUUAAAAAUGUAAAAUGAAUUUCUACUUGGGUUGAUUUUAUUAAUAAAAACAACCCAUACAUGGAUCUAGCAGUAACUUGAGCCUUCAUAAAUCAUUUUCCUUUUGCCAAAUACUAGACAAGCAGUGAAUGCUUAACCUAACCUACUGUUUGGGUGUUAUUCUAGUAUGUAAGACUAGAUCUUUUCAGCCAUACAGAUCUCUUGGUAAUUUUAUUUCAGUCAUGUGAUCAACAUUUUUCAGUAAUUUGAAUUUAACUACUUAGAAACAACUUUUCUGCAAUCCAGAGGCAAUAAACUACUAGCCCAGUUGUCAUGGCAAAACCUCCUCGUGAAUUAUGCCAUUGAAGAAGAAGCAAAAAAUUAUUUGUUUCUUGAUUAUUUUUAUUUUAAAAAAUCAUGAUGAGGAAAGGAAUAAGAGAAUAUUGCAAACAGCAUUGUGCUUGCCAUAUAAAAUAUAGAUUAUGGCUGCACAAUGGAGGGUUUCUUUUUCCCAAACACAGUUUGAAGUUUCUAAUUUGUGGGGUGAGAAAAAAGUGGUACCUUGAUGUUUUUAUUUGGUUGGUCCAAAGCUAUGAAUU